AAAAUACUGCGCCUACCACGAGCAAGUAGUAGCACGUAGUGUGGAUGGGAUCAGUUAGCCAUAAGAAGAAUAAUUGACUCGCCAUCAUCGAAUAUAGUGCUAUCCUCAGCUAGAUUUUUUUUUACCAUUAUAAAAUUUACUACUCUUUGGGACUGCAACACGCGAGGAGAUUCAGUUCCAAGAGGAAAAGGACAGAAAUUAGAUGCGCAACCGGCCUUUUUUGGCAGCUCAGUAUUUUUAUCGUCAUUACUAAUCACUCAGACCACGAGGACUGAACAUGUCGAGCCCCCCGGAUAGCAACCCGUUCGAUACGACGGAUGCAACAUCCCUUCCCAACAUGUCGCGUCGCCUGUCCCGCAAAGAAUCCAUUAUGAGCAAUGGAGGUGAACUUCCUCCCAUGCCCUGGUUUGGGAUGGACAUUGGUGGAACCUUAGCCAAACUUGUGUACUUUGAGCCUUUAGAUAAUACUCCAGAAGAAGACGAGUCUGAGGUGGAAACGCUGAAAAAUAUCAGAAAAUAUUUGACAAAUAAUAAAGUCUACGGGGAAACGGGACAUCGGGAUGAUCAUCUUCAGAUGGAAAAUGUCACAAUCGGUGGGAGGCGAGGAAGCUUGCACUACAUUCGUUUCCCAACAUCAGAAAUGGACAACUUUUUAGAACUGGCAAAAUCCAAAGGGAUGGCGAGCCUUGCUUCCACCGUGUGUGCAACAGGGGGAGGUGCCUUCAAGUUUGAAAACCAGUUCUUUCUUGAACUAAAUAUGCGACUGCACAAAUUUGACGAGCUGGACUCACUCAUCCGGGGAAUGGAAUUUGUCGAAGGGAACAAUCCUCAGAGCGAAUGUUACUAUUUUAGCAACCCGAAAAGCGAUGAUUGCCGCAAAAUUCCGUUCGAUUUUAGCAAUCCUUACCCUUUUUUGGUGGUGAAUAUUGGCUCUGGUGUGAGCAUGUUGGCUGUAACUGGACCUUCGACGUAUCGGCGUGUCACAGGAACGAGGUGUGAUUACAUUUGCGAUUUGGGAGGAGGAACAUUUCUUGGUUUGUGCUGUCUCUUAACGGGUUGUUCCAGUUUUGAAGAAGCAAUUGAACUCGCCACGCUCGGAGAUAGUACCAAAGUGGACAAAUUAGUGAAAGACAUUUACGGCGGAGGAUACGAAAAAUUCGACUUGGAUGGUAACAUUGUGGCGUCGAGUUUUGGACAAAUGAUGUCCAAGGAGAAACGUUCCACUGUAACUCGCGAAGAUCUCGCUCGGGCCACCCUCGUCACGAUUACCAAUAAUAUUGGCUCUAUUGCUAGAAUGUGUUGUCUUAACGAAGGAAUCAAUCGAGUAGUAUUCAUCGGGAACUUUCUCCGUGUCAACACAAUUUCCAUGAAAUUACUCUCGUACGCGAUGGAGUACUGGUCCAAAGGUCAACUGAAGGCACUUUUCCUCGAACAUGAAGGUUAUUUUGGCGCCGUGGGGUGUCUCCUGGCCCUCAUCGCGCAAAGGGAGGACUACAUUCGAAAACGGAACGAAAAAAAUAAGCUGCAAAAUGGUGACUCGAAGGAUAAGAUGGACGACUCUGACAAUCAUCAUCACGAUCUUGGAGGAAUAUUAGGACAAGAGUCGGACAAUUUAGUGGACAAGUAGUUUAUCAUCAUUUUGAUCGGUCUAUUAUCCUUAUAUAAAUCCCAAAGUGACAAGCACAUUAACUUGGACAAUUAAUUUUACUACCAAAUAAUUUACUCGCUACUUGGUGUGCAUAAAAAUACUAUGUUACAACCAUCAUUAUGGUCGUUUCGAAAUAUAUUGUUAUUUUUCUAUGUGAAUAUGUAUGUAGUACAUGAAUGUACAUAUAAUAUUUUGAGUGCCUGCUACUUAAAUUCUGAUUCUCUUUUCGCAAUGAGGUAGAUGGGGCGAGAAACUGUGAUAGUCAAUUUUAGACGAUCGCAUUCUUUAUUAGUCGAUGGGAUCAGUUGCUAUUAAUAUUAUAUUAGCAAUUAAUGUGUUGAUAUUUUAAUUUAAAAAUCUCCAUAAUGUCAAACUUAUCCUUAAUAAGAGAGAUGACAUAUCAUAAGAUUUAGAUUAGACAUGCACCGAAUUUAGUCGAGCUCUUAGUUUUUUAUGAUACCGUUAACGGUGAAUUGGGUGCUAUUGUAAGUGCGGAGUAGUAAUGAUUAUGUAGGUGUGAAGCCUUUAGAAUAGGAUGUUAGAAUCCAACCUAGACUUUAGAACCAUUCCAUUUCAGUAGAAAAAAACAAUAAGAAGAAAGAAACAAAGACUUGUUGUAUAAGACUAUGUAUGUUGUUGUUAUUAAAAUAAAACAUACCACGAUUUUAGUAAAAUAA